AUGAUGAUGCGCUACGUGUUGUUUGUCUGUGUGCUCUGCGUGUGGUGUACCUGCGGGUGUGCUGCGGCGGGUGCUGAGGAUGAAGCUGAAGUUACUAAUAAUUGCAACAACGGUGAAGCUACCCAAUGCCAGUCUCCACAAAACCCUUUACCUGGUGGUGUGGUUGGGGUUGGAGGACAAGGUAUUGGCGGUGGUUUCGGUUUAGGAGGAGCUGAGGGUUCUACUCACACUUGCCCGGGGGAUGACGGGACGAUACUGCCUUGUCCGGAAGCGCUGGACACCGGAGGUGAUGAGACUCCGAAGGGUAAUACUGUGGCCGGGCAAAACGUUUGCACUUCGCCCGAGGGGGAGACGAAGAGUGGUGCGGAUAAUUGCGAACGAAGCGAUAAACUAAAUGCGCAAAGAGAUAAUGGCUCUCGUAUUGCCAAAUCAACUUCUAUCAACAAGGAGGCCUGUGAGGGAGUGUCGGACGCACAUACUUGCACGUCUUCAUCUUCUUUGCCGCAGGGGUCAUUAUCGCAAUCGCAACUUGAGCGGGCUAUCCCUCCUGGUACUGGCGGUGGUAUUGGGAACGUCCUGCUGCCAGGAACUGGAAAACCUCCUGGUCAAACCGGCCCUGCUGGUCCCGCGGGGGAACCAGGGGCUAAAAAGGCUGACGGGGAGAAAGAAAUAGAUGCACUGGAUGGCAAGUCUCUUGCGGACUGCCCUGCUGAAGGCGGGGACCCUACGAAGUGUUCGACCACUCCUGCUCCGCUAAAAGCACAAGUGCAAAAGAACGAACCUGGGGAAGGACAUGAUAGCGGCAGCAUGUUGGGCGGAAGAGGUGGCAGCAAAAUCUCCUUAAGUGGUAAUGAGAAGGCUCAGGGCACCCAACCGGAGUCACGAGAUGACACUGUUCACUCUGGCAGCGCCGAUGGUGAGUGUGGGGAUGGAAAGCUUAAAGAAACAAAAACGGAUUGCAAACCGAAGGACGAGGACAGGAGCACUCAGUCUGAUCAGCGAGAGAAAGAUGUACUCCAAACCAAAAAUACCCAGAUACCGCAAGCAAAUCCAAAACCUGACAGCCCACUCGAUGAGAAGAAUGACGCCAAGAAUUCUGCUGCCUCACCACCCGCGCCAGACUCACCUAAGGCUGAGAGCUCUGCUGACGAUCGCACCAAUUUGGAGCCUGCUGAAAGUACUGCUCAGACUGCAGUCGAGCAAAGUGAUGCCGUGCAAUCGCAGCCAUCUUCCUCCUCUGCUUCUACGAGUGCCGCAGAAACCACAGGCAGCAGCCCGCCGACCGACAAGGGCCAAGACCCGAAGGCUGUGGACAGCAGCAGCGGUCCUGUGUGGGUGCAUGCACCUCCGCUGCUGCUGCUGCUAUCUGUGAUGUGGCUGGGUGGUCUGGCUGUGACUGCUGUGUGCUGA